GCGCGCUUUCCAUUGGCCCGUUCCGCAGCAGGCCGGUUGAGCAUGCGCGGGUGGCGGCGACAAAGAGAAGGCGGGAGGUGAGAGGCCGCGGGGCAGAUGAUUCACAGACGCCGACGGUGGUCCCACAAACGAAUAUGAAAGCGCGAACGUUACCCACCAAGCCCAGGAUGAAACGAUGAAAGCAGCUACUCGCCGCUGGUUUUCCGUCCCGCUCCGGACUGGUCUCUGCAGACGACAGUUGGGACCCACGACGCAUGCGCUGUAAAUUCGGGGAUCGACCCUAAAUCAACAAAAAUAAAACGCAAGGACCCAGGGAGCGUCUGUAAGUGGGAAAUUACCGAAUCAAAAAAAAACGCCAGUGAAUGAAGGGUAUUUUAAGUAAUGGAUUUGCAGCAAGCAAACUCAGACCAAUUUUUGACUGUCAUUCAAGACAUUGGGACCUGAAGGUCAUAGUUUCUAUAUUAAAAGAAAAAAACAUUUCUGUAUUCCAUGAAAAACAUAUUAAACCUGCCGGGCUGCUAAAGAUCCAAGACUAGAGUGUGCCAGCAUGAUGAUUGUGAAUGCACCUUUAACCAUUUACACAGGCUGAAAAAAAUAUUCACAGGAAAGACUCAAUACACGUUCUGUGUGGGGACAAAGUCUCAUAUGAUCAGAGAGUCUGCAUGACAAUCAGCCCAUGGAGAAUCCAUGUAAAUGUGUGGACUGUGGGAAAGGAUUCAAUUACCCUUCCCAACUCGAAACCCAUCAGCGCACACACACCAAGGAGAGGCCAUUCAUCUGUUUCAUGUGCGGGAAAGGAUUCACUCGCUCGUCCCACCUGCUAGCACACCAGCGCAUUCACACCGGGGAGAGGCCUUACACCUGCACCGUGUGUGGGAAGGGAUUCACUGAAUCGUCCAAGCUGAAGGCGCAUCACCAGGUCCACACUGAUAAAAGGACAUUCAAUUGCUCCAAUUGCGAAAAGAGUUUCAAAAGCUCACAGUACCUGCGAAGACAUCAACAGAUUCACACCACGGAGAGGCCCUUCAUCUGCUCCGUGUGUGGGAAAGGUUUCACCCACUCAUCCAAACUUCUGGUGCACGAGCGAGUCCACACAGGUGAAUGGCCGUUCGUCUGUUCCGUGUGCGAGAAGGGUUUCAACCAGUCGUCUGACCUGCUGACGCACCAGCGUGUUCACACCGGGGAGAGGCCUUUCACUUGCUCUGUGUGCGGGAAAGGAUUCACUCGCUCAUUCAACCUCCUGGUGCAUGAGCGGGUUCACACCGGCAAAAGACCGUUCCCUUGUUCAGUUUGCGGGAAGGGGUUCACUCAGUCCUCCCAUCUGCUGAUCCACCAGCGGGUCCACACCGGUGAGCGGCCAUUUUCCUGCUCCGUGUGUGGGAAGGGAUUCACUUGUUCGUCUAGUCUCCUGGUGCACCGACGAGUCCACACAGGAGAGAGACCGUACUCGUGCUCUGUAUGUGGGAAAGGAUUCACUUCCUCGUCGAGCCUUUUGGUGCACCGCCGAGUUCACAGCGGGGAGAGGCCAUUCCCCUGCUCCAUCUGUAGGAAGGGAUUUACUCAGUUGUCCAAUUUACAGUCACACCAAAGGGUUCACAAGUGCGAUUGGUUGGAGGCCCACGCCGCAGCUCCAGCCUUCCUACAACUCCACAUUCUAUUGGAUCAGUCUCACGUCAAUCACUCGAGCUGCGUGGUCUGGGCAUGCGUAGACUGGGACGAGAGACAGGCGCGUCGCAGAUCCAACGUAGAGAGUCACAGGGACACUCAGAUCAUGGAGGAUCAGUGUGAAUAUGAGUGUGGGAAAGUGUUAAAGUUCCCAACCCAGCUGGAAACUAGUGAGUGCACUCACACCAAAGGGAGGCCGUUCACCUGCCCCGUGUGCGGGAAGGGAUACACGCGCUCGUCGCACCUGAUGGUGCAUCAGCGGAUUCAUACCGGGGAGAGGCCGUACAGGUGCACCGUGUGUGGGAAGGGAUUCACUGAAUCGUCCAAGCUAAAGGCGCAUCACCAGGUCCACGCCGAUCAAAAGGCAUUCAAUUGCUCCUAUUGUGAAAAGAGUUUCAAAUGCUCACAGUACUUGCGAAAACACCAGCAGAUUCACUGCACGGAGAAGCCUUUCACCUGCUCAGUGUGUGGGAAAAGCUUCACCCACUCAUCCAAGCUGCAGGUCCACAAGCGAGUCCACACGGGUGAAUGGCCGUUCACCUGCUCUGUGUGCAGGAAAGGAUUCAACCAGUCAUCGCAACUGCUGACACACCAGCGGGUUCACACCGGGGAGAGGCCUUUCACGUGCUCUGUGUGUGGGAAGGGAUUCACUCGCUCCUUCCACCUUCUGGUGCACGAGCGGGUUCACACCGGCAAAAGACCGUACUCCUGCGCAAUGUGCGGGAAGGAGUUUGCUCAGUCCUCCCACUUGCUGAUCCACCAGCGGGUCCACACCGGGGAGCGGCCGUUCUCCUGCUCCGUGUGCGGGAAGGGGUUCACUCAGUCAUCCAGCCUGCUGACGCACCAGCGGGUUCACACCGGGGAGAAGCCGUUCACCUGCCCUGCCUGCGGCAAGGGCUUCACCUCUUCGUCCAGCCUCUUGGUCCAUCGCAGGGUUCACACCGGCGAGCGGCCCUUCCCCUGCUCCGUCUGCAGCAAGGGGUUCAUCUCCUCAUCCAUCCUGCUGCGACACCAGCGGGUUCACACCGGAGAGGGACUGCACUCCUGCGCAGUGUGCGGGAAAGGAUUCACCUGCUUGUCCAGUCUGCUGGUGCACCGGCGGAUUCACUCGGGGGAGAGGCCCUUCUCCUGCAGCGUGUGCGGGAAAGGAUUCAUUCGAUUGUCCAACCUGCAGUCACACCAUGGAGUUCACAAACUGACAAACGACCUGAAUGAGUUUUACCGCAGGCUUGAAAAACAGAAACGUAACCCUGAAACUACAUCUGGUGUGUGUGUGUGCAUGUGUGUGUGUGUGUGGUCGAGGCUUCAUUUGAUUGUCCAUCCCAAAAGAACACAGGGACCUCGGAUGAUGGAGAUGUUGUGGAAAUGUAGGGACUGCGGGAUGGGAUUCAGUGAUCCAUCUGAUCUUGAGACUCAUCAGCGCAGUCACAGCAAGGAGAAGAGGUUCACCUGCCCCAUGUGUGGGAAACAGUUCAAUCAGUUAUCUGACCUCCUGCGACACGAGCGGGUUCACACCGGAGAGAGGCCAUUCACCUGUACAAUGUGCGGGAAGGGCUUCACUCAGUCGUCCAACUUGGUGGCACACCAGCGACUUCACACUGGAGAGAGGCCUUUCAACUGCUCCCUCUGCGGGAAGGGGUUUGCAUACUCCUCCAACCUGCUGCGGCACCAACGAGAUCACAUUGGCGACAGGCCGUUCACUUGCUCGGUGUGCGGGAAGGCUUUCAUCCAGUCGUCCGACCUCCUGAUUCACCAGCGGGUCCACACCGGGGAGAGGCCAUUCACCUGCUCGGUGUGCGGGAAGCAGUACACUCGUUCGUCCAACCUCAUGACGCACCAGCGAUCUCACACUGGGGAGAGACCAUUCUCCUGCUUUGUUUGCGGGAAGGGAUUUGCGCAGCUCUCUCAUUUAAAGUCACACCAGCGAGUUCACGCCGAACGCAAAACCUUUGACUGUCCGAACUGUGAGAAGAGCUGCAGAAGCCCAGAGGACCUGCUGAGGCACCAGCGAGCCCACACUCAACAGAGGUUGUACCCCUGCUCCGAGUGCGGGAAGGGAUUCACUCAGUCGUCGCACCUGCUCAAGCACCAGCGAGUGCACACCGGGGAAAGGCCGUUCACCUGCUCCAUGUGCGGGAAGGGAUUCAAAUGUUCCUCCAACCUGCUGAUGCAUCAGCGGAUUCACACGGGGGAGAGACCGUUCACCUGCUCGAUGUGCGGGAAGGGAUUUGCCCAGUCGUCCAGUCUGCUGACGCACCAACGGGUUCACACUGGAGAGAAACCCUUCUCCUGCUCUGUGUGUGGGAAGGGGUUCACUUGUUCAUCCAACUUGCUGGUGCACCAGCGGGUUCACACCGGGGAGAGGCCCUUCUCCUGUUCAGUUUGUGGGAAGGGUUUCACUCAGUCGUCCCACCUGCUGAUGCACCGGCGAGUUCACACUGGGGAAAGGCCCUUCUCCUGCUCGGUGUGUGGGAAGGGUUUUGCCCGUUUAUGCAAUCUGCAGACACACCAGCGAGUUCAUAAAUGAUUGGUGGAUUUGAAAGACAUUAAGUGCUGGAAUAACUCAGCGGGUCAGGCAGCAUAUUUGGAGAACAUGAAUAGAUGGCGCUUCGGUUCAGGACCGAUAUAGGUAUUUUAUAGAUUUUAUAGAUAUGUGAAAAGAAAGAGAUUAGUUAAAACAAAUGUAGGUCCCUUGCAGUCAGAAACAGGUGAGUUGAUCAUGGGGAACAAGGAUAUGGCGGACCAAUUGAAUAACUACUUUGUUUCCGUCUUCACUAAGGAAGACAUAAAUAAUUUGCCGGAAAUAGCAGGGGACCGCGGGUCAAAGGAGUUGGAGGAAUUGAGUGAAAUCCAGGUUAGCCGGGAAGUGGUGUUGGGUAAAUUGAAUGGAUUAAAGGCCGAUAAAUCCCCAGGGCCAGAUAGGCUGCAUCCCAGAGUACUUAAGGAAGUAGCUCCAGAAAUAGUGGAUGCAUUAGUAAUAAUCUUUCAAAACUCUUUAGAUUCUGGAGUAGUUCCUGAAGAUUGGCGGGUAGCAAAUGUAACCCCACUUUUUAAGAAGGGAGGGAGAGAGAAAAUGGGGAAUUACAGACCAGUUAGUCUAACAUUGGUAGUGGGGAAACUGCUAG